AUGAAUAUCUUCUUCGUUUUCGUGUCUUUCUUAUAUUUAGCUGCGAUAUGUCGUGCUUCUGGAACAGACAUUGCGCUGGACGCAAAAGCUACCCUUUUGCACCGAAUGGACAGCUUAAAUCUUUUGAUAUACACAUGUCUACUUACUCUCACUGUGCUUACUAUAUGGGUAUUUAAACAUCGUCGGGUGAGCUGGCUUCAUGAAACAGGACUUGCCGUCAUUUACGGUCUAAUAGUAGGGGCAAUAAUUCGCUAUGGAGGCACUACAAAUCAUAUUACGUACAUCAAUGUACACCCAGCGAAUGAUACUGCCUAUAACAUGUCUGUACCACCUGACAUGCUUCGUUUGCACUUUCCUGACAAAAUACCCAUCUCACCUGGAGAUGCUCCAGUACCAAACAAGACAUAUGCUUAUAGCUUUAGGGGUGAAAUAGUAAAUGUUGAACAAAAUGAGAUAGAUCUGAAAGCAACAUUUGAUCCUGAGAUAUUUUUUAAUAUAAUUUUACCACCAAUUAUAUUCCAUGCUGGAUAUUGUCUCAAGAGAAAAUAUUUCUUCCGCAAUCUGGGUGCCAUUUUGACGUUUGCAAUGGUGGGUACAGCACUGUCGGCCCUGUUUAUCGGUGUUGUGAUGUACGGCUGCGUCCAAUUGAUGCCGGCAUCCCUUGGAUCCAGUUUUACUUUUCUAGACACCUUAUACUUUGGUGCACUGAUAUCACCCACCGAUCCCCUGACUGUGCUCGCUAUAUUCUCCCAACUAAAGGUGGAUGUUAAUUUAUACGCUAUGAUAUUUGGCGAGAGUGUUCUCAAUGACGCCGUGGCUUUGGUACUUAGCGGUGCUAUACAAAACUACGAGUUGAGGUAUUCAAAAGAUGGUGGAUUUAAAGUGACAGCAUUUUUGGCCGCUAUUGGCGAUUUUAUCGGAAUCUUCAGCCUUUCCCUACUUAUUGGUGCUCUGAUGGGCUGUUUAACGGCAUUGAUAUCCUUUUAUAAAUAUGCGUGA